AUGAGAAUUUUCGUCAGAAACCGGACAAAAGCUUUCAAAAGUAACGGGGAUGAGGAUUAUCGUUAUCCUGUUAACAUCGAUCAACAUGAUUUGACCAAAGAUUCUUUUAUUUACGAGUCUAUGGACGAAAGCAGUAUAGCACGGAGAGAUAUUUCGUUGAUGCAGCAGGGCAGCAGGUUUCGACCGUCUCCUUCAUCGGUAGAAAACCCUAUACUGCAGAGAUCUGUUUGUGAUGAAAAGAGUAAUGCCAGCUACAGAAUGAUGUUUGACUCACAUUCUCUCCAGGUCAAUUAUGUGAAUGCUGCUGAUCAACAACCAGAGAGUAACCUAGUUCGUGAAGAACUUGUGGAGGAGCUGAAAAACAGGAUUCUUGAUGUGCAGCAACGGAGAGUUUUGAAUACUCUUUUUCACUUGCUUGAAGCGGGAUACUCGGGAUACAUUAUCCCUGUUCUAUGA